AUGUCAUCAUCCACAAUCGCACGAUCUCGAUCGCUACGAAAACCAAAUCCGCCCGCAGAAAGCUCCUCUGCCGUCCCUAGAUCAUCCAGGCCAGCCGCACCGUCCGACGUGGACCAUCAUAGCUCACCGAGUCGGCUGCCUACCAAACCCCCCACGCGCGUGCCGUCGACAUCAUCCAAUGGUGGUGCCGCCGCGAAACCAGCACCGCGCCCGCUAGGACGAACACUAUCGUCAAGACAACCAGCCGACGCUCCCAGAACGAACUCGACUCGAUGCCCGCCCACGACCGGCAGCACGAGAAAUGCACCACCAUCCGGGACGCUGCGGCCAACGUCCGCGAGCAGCAGCAGCAAUAACAAUAACAACUCGGCGUCAUCGACACAGAUCAAGCGAGUAGCGUCCCAUGUGCGUGCUAAAAGCACUGCCUCCGCGAAUGGCGCGACGGGCCUGACACCAGCGACGACCUUGAAGCCUCCUCUCCAGGGUACGAACUCGCGCGCGGCCGCCCACGCAAAAACCGCGUCGACGGAUCGAACAACCACUACUCGAACGGCAACCACAUCGUCAACGACCACCACCUCUCGCGGGGCAACAGCAGCAGCAGCAGCACCUGCACCCGCACAGGCCCAGUCACGUCUCCGACCAAACUUCUCGACCCUACAGCAGCACUACUCCCCAGCCAAGUCGCGCGAUCCGAAGCCUUUGACCGCAGCAUACCUCGCGCCCCCCUCCCCCUCCAAACUACCGGCCAACGUUGCUGCCUCGGCGGAAACCAGCAGGCUUCAGACAGAGUUACUACAGCUGCACCUCGUACAUCGCGACGCAGGCACCGUCGAAACACAGUGGCGCGCGAGUGCAAAGCAGAAACUUGGUACUCGAUUUGAGAAGCUGUGCGUCACAGCCCAGCAAGUCGCCGAGCAGGAGAAGGCAGGUCUCGAGAGAGCCAAUGUCCUCGCACUGCACGCGUGGGGGAGCGAGGGCGGUCUCGAGGAGAAGAUACAGGGUCUCGACACGGUCUUUAAUGGCAUAUGGUCACUCAGCGAGCCAGGCGGCCGCUACGCGCGGAUGACCCGGAGAUUCGAGCGCUGGAUGGACCAGGUCAGCGAGGUGGAGCAGGCGCGGCGAGACGGGACGUAUCUCGAGCAGGGCGACCAGAGCCUCUUCAUCAGCGACCUCGAGACCCCAUGGAAAGAAGACUGCGCCGGCACGUUGCGCCGGCUGGACGGCUGGAGUCACCAACUGCGAGCCCUUGGGGAGCCACCUGCAGACGAGGACGGAACUUCAAGCUUGGCCAAGAUGCUGCAGGGCGCGCGAUCCCUGGUGCAGGACAUGUUGGCCGAGGUGCAGAUGAUGGAGGAGAUGGGAGGGGAGGCGCUGGCCAGGGAAGCCGAGUGGAUCGAGAAGAUGAAUCGGAUGGACGACGAUGAUACCCCUCAAGCCGGAGCGAUCUGGCGGACUGUAUAG